UAUAGCAGCCACACACACACAGAGGCGAGACACUGAGUUACUAGAACACAUUUGAAAAAUACAAAAAAAAAAACACCACUUGGAAAGACGAGCACAGUCUGCUGAGGAACUCUUGUUCUUCAAACCUGUGGGGUCAGCGAUCCGCUGCAGCUGGAGUGACUGACCGCUGCUGGAGAACAAUGUCUGUCCGCGACCAGCGCGGCCCCCCGCAGAGUGAGGGGCCAAAUCUGGGCAAGAUUGAGGACAUGCGUAACCACUCGGCCGUCUUCAGAGGAGAAUGCACGAGGCUGAUCCUGGAAACGGACAAAGCAUGUCGACGCAUGCAAGACGACGACAGCAAGCGACUGGGUCAACGGGUCAGGGACAUCCAGUUCCUGAAGAAGGAGUUGGAGGUGAAGUUGGAUGAGAUCAAUGUGGAAAUUGAUAUUCUCAUAGCGCUGCAGAGCAGAGUGGUGAAGGCCCUGGAGUCCUGCAAGGAGCCUCUGAGGGUCACGCUUCUCUGUCUGGAGGAGAGGAUGAAACGUCCUCCCUCUGAGAGGCUGCGCGACGGGGUGGACAGAGAGCUGCUGAAGGAGAGGGAGGUCAUCGACGGCGUGGCUUCCCUUCUGCAGCGUCUGCUCGAGCAGAUCACCGAGCAGAUUCGCCUGAACCGGUCGGCCAAGUACCAACUGGAGCAGGACCUGAAGGAAAAGUACGAGGCCCAGUGCAUCGACAACUCCUGCGCCCUGAUGACCACCCACUCCAUCAAAGACCAGCAGAAGUCCAAAAACGCCAACGCCGCUUUGCCGAGCUUGGCAGUGACUCCGACGCAGUGGGAGACCAUCUCGGACAUCAACAUCGCCAAGGCGGAGCAGCAGAAGACCAACUCGCUGUCCCUGCGGGCCUUCGUGGAGUCCCUCCUGGAGCAGAUGACGGCCGACGUGCAGAAGCAGGCCCAGGCCACGAUAGCGGCCUUUCAGCUGAACGUCCAGGAAAUCAAGUCCGCCAAGAGCCAGAUGGAGGAUCAGCUGGGCAAGAUCCUGUCCGAGAUCGCCAGCCAGCAGAGGAUCAGCGAGGAUCUCAAGGUGGCCAUCACGGAGAAGGGGCGGUUCCUGAGUUUGGCCCAGGCGCGGCUGGAUCUGCGCGAGCGGAGGCCCGUCAAGGAGCAGUGUCACGAUCCGGCGCAGACCCAGCUCCUCACCGAGGUCCAGCAGCUCACUGCGCACAUCAACAAGCUGCGUGAGGCCGUGGCCCAGUCGGAGGAGGAGCAGAGGGCCAUGGUCCGCUGCCAGAUUGACCUGGAGGAAAUCAUCCAGGUGAAGGUCACCUGUCUCUACAUCGAUGAGGUCACCUGCCCCCAGCACAAGGAGCCCAUUUUCAUACACAACUUCUGAGCAAGUCAGCAACCCCGAGGGCCCGACGCACACAGCGUAUCUCAAUUAUGUCUUUCACCAUGCGUUUCAAUAAACGUCGCUUUGAGUAA